AUGGAGAAAGAGUACGAGCCGCUCCCCUUAAACCCCUCUCUUUUUUCAGUUUAUUUUGCAAAUGGCAUUCUGCAACAAAGUUGGAACCGUGUGUCAAUGAUUAAUGCCAUUCGCUGCAUGUCUACAAAGCUUUUUAUUGGCGGGCUUUCUUAUGGAACUGACGACCAAUCCCUAAGGGAUGCAUUUUCUAGCUUUGGUGAUGUUGUCGAAGCUAGAGUCAUUACGGACCGAGACACCGGAAGGUCAAGAGGAUUCGGGUUUGUGAACUACUCAACUGAAGAAUGUGCUAAUUCAGCACUAUCGGCCAUGGAUGGGCAGGAACUGAAUGGAAGGAAUAUCCGAGUUAGUUACGCCAAUGAGAGACAACCUCGCAAUAACUUCGGUGGUAAUCCUGGAGGAGGUUUCCGUGGUGGCUUUGGUGAUGGGGCAAAUGAUGGAUAUUGA